AGCCCCCACCCUUCCAUGGCCACCAGCACAGCACGAGAGCACCUUCUUGUGGUGUGAAGGCGUAAUCCACACAUGCAAUACACACUGGGCCCGGAAAACCUGUGCGGAAGUGGCAAUGUUGGAACAUCUAGAGGAGGCACCGCAGUGAGUCUGCAACGGGCCAACGGUGAUACGGACCUGGUUACAUCAGACAGCCGCUCCUCCCUUACUGCCUCCACCAAUCAGUUCACCCUGGGAAGAGGACAAAUCGUCGUCAUCUCUUGGGACAUCAAGGAGGAGGUGGACGCCACAGACUGGAUCGGGCUUUACCACAUCGAUGAAACAUGUCCAGCUAAUGUGUGGGACUCAAAGAACCGCAGCGUCAAUGGGACACAGAAGGGAAAGAUCGUUUGGAGGCUGGAGGCCGGGCCUUAUUUCAUGGAGCCUGAGACCAAAAUCCGCUUCAAGUAUUAUCAUGGAGUGAGUGGAGCUUUAAGAGCAAUGACACCCUGCAUCACUGUAAAGAACCCUGGUGUGCUGGUGAGUGUGUCUGUGUGUUUAGAUUCUUUCUUUCUUUCUUUCUUUCUUUCUUUCUUGCAUUGCCGGAAACUCGUCAGCUUCACUUUAUCAGACAUCAGAGCUCAGGGCCUUAAGAAAGGCAUGUUCUUUAAUCCGGACCCGUAUCUGAAGAUGAGCAUCCAGCCUGGAAAACGCAGCGGCUUUCCUGCCUUCACACACCACGGCCAAGAGAGACGAGCCUCCAUCAUCUCCAACACCACCAACCCUAAAUACACCUUCGUCGCACUCAUGACCGAUGUUCUGGAGAUCGAGGUGAAGGACAAAUUUGCUAAAAGUCGGCCAAUCAUCAAGCGCUUUUUGGGUCAGCUGACCAUACUUGUGCAGAGACUUCUGGAGAGACAUGCGGCGGGGGAUCAGCCUGUAAGCUAUACUUUGUGUCGCCGUUUGCCCACGGACCAUGUAAGUGGUCAGCUUCAGUUCAGGGUGGAGAUCACAUCUACUGGACACGAGGAUAUUAUGGGCUCCCUCCUGGGGGCUGCUUCUGUGAACGGAGACCCGGGCAGCCCCUCUGAUGACGAGGACGUGGUCCCUCCAUCUGUCCGCAUCCCCAGAACUGCAUCUCCAACCUGCUCUGAGGGUUCUAUCCAUAACGAGACCUUUAGGACUGACGACGGUCCGUCGGAACCUGACGAAGAGCGCAAUCUUAGGGACGUAGUCAUCGAUUUAGGACACGCCCAGAGGCAGACAUCUCUCAAUGAUUAUCUAGACACCACUGAGGCUCCGAAUGGUCCUGGAGAUCGACCCCUUGGAGCGGCGUCACCUAAACUGCGUUCCAGCUUCCCCACUGAUACGCGGCUCAACGCGAUGCUGCACAUCGACUCGGAUGAAGACAAGGAAGCACACGUCAGUCUAGGGAUGGCCAAUGGAGUCGCAUCUGAACAGGAGUAGAUGGAGGGGUGUAAGACAGAGGGAGAGAGGAGUCCCACUGCUAGUGAAGACACAGCGCCUUCACAGUCGGCUAGCGGUACUGCGAAGGCCCAAAACGGCGAAGUGGAAGGGAGCCAGGAAGGAAACGGACGGGGAGUUAGAAGAUGUGGAUGUGAUCCUUUAGAAGCCAGCGCUCAGGUGAACGGUCAUCAACCCGUCCGCUCUCUUCCAGCGGUGCGUCAUGACAUCAGCCGCUACCAGAGAGUGGACGAACCGCUACCACCAAGUGAGUGUGCCCGCAUUGACAGCCAUGGGAGAAUCUUUUAUGUGGAUCAUGUGAACAGAACCACCACCUGGCAGCGGCCCACUGCUCCGGCUGCUCCUCAAGUCCUGCAGAGGUCCAAUUCCAUCCAGCAGAUGGAGCAACUGAACCGCCGGUAUCAGAGCAUCCGGAGAACAAUAACCAACGAGCGCACAGAGGAGCAGGCAGCAGAGAUGCCUUCAGACGACACAGACCUGAUGCAUCACACCAUUCCUGAGUACCGCAGGGAUGUAGCGGUUGGAUCUGCUAACUACUGCUCACGUCUCUCGCUACUACAGUCGCCCAGCGCCAAAUUUCUCACCAGCCCCGACUUCUUUAGCGUACUCCACUCCAACCAUAGUGCCUACCGCAUGUUUACGAGUAACACGUGUCUGAAGCACAUGAUCAGUAAGGUGCGGCGUGAUGCGCACCACUUCGAACGUUACCAGCACAACCGAGACCUGGUGACUUUCCUCAACCUUUUCGCCAACAAGCAACUGGAGCUGCCACGUGGCUGGGAAAUGAAACACGACCACACGGGCAAGACGUUUUUUGUGGACCACAACUUUCGCUCCACCACCUUCAUAGACCCGAGGUUACCUCUGCAAAGUGCUCGGCCCAGCGGCCUGCUCGCUCAUCGCCAGCACCUGAGCCGUCAGCGCAGCCACAGCACUGGAGAGGUGGUCGAUGAUCCACGUCACGCCGGUCCUACCGUCCUGCCCCGGCUGACCAACACUUUUAAUGCUGCCGGACGCAAUCAUUGCCAGGACAUGGUACCCGUCGCAUACAACGAUAAGAUCGUGGCCUUUUUAAGGCAGCCAAACAUAUUUGAGAUCCUGCAGGAGAGACAGCCCGAGUUCAGUAGGAAUCACUCACUCAGGGAGAAGGUGCAGUUUAUCCGGAACGAGGGCGCGGCCGGCUUGGUGCGACUCUCCAGCGAUGCAGAUUUGGUCAUUUUGCUAAGCUUGUUUGAAGAGGAAGUGAUGUCGUAUGUGCCCCCCCAUGCCUUAUUGCAUCCCAGCUACUGUCAGUCUCCACGGGGUUCUCCGGUUUCUUCCCCGCAGAACUCGCCUGGCACACAACGAGCCAACGCCCGUGCUCCUGCGCCUUACAAGCGAGACUUCGAAGCCAAACUCCGCAAUUUCUACCGCAAGCUUGAAACCAAGGGCUAUGGCCAGGGGCCGGGGAAAGUCAAACUGAUCAUGCGCAGAGAUCACUUGCUGGAAGAUGCCUUCAACCAGAUCAUGUGUUACUCCAGAAAGGACUUGCAGCGAAGUAAACUUUACGUCAGCUUCGUCGGUGAGGAGGGGCUGGACUACAGCGGCCCUUCGAGAGAGUUCUUUUUCCUGGUGUCACGUGAACUCUUUAACCCCUACUACCGCCUGUUCGAGUACUCGGCCAAUGACACCUACACCGUCCAGAUCAGCCCCAUGUCUGCCUUCGUCGACAAUCAUCACGAGUGGUUUCGCUUCAGUGGCCGCAUCCUCGGCCUGGCUCUCAUCCAUCAGUAUCUGCUCGAUGCCUUCUUCACACGACCUUUCUACAAGGGGCUACUGCGUAUCCUGAGAGAGUUGGAGCUGGUGAUCGCUGGCACAGCUGAGAUCGAUCUGAGUGACUGGAGGAACAACACAGAAUAUCGUGGCGGUUACAAUGACAACCACAUUGUAAUCCGCUGGUUCUGGGCAGCGGUGGAGAGGUUCAAUAACGAACAGAGGCUGAGGCUCCUUCAGUUUGUAACAGGCACGUCCAGUAUUCCAUACGAAGGUUUUGCCUCACUCAGGGGUAGCAACGGCCCCCGCCGGUUCUGUGUGGAAAAGUGGGGCAAGAUCACAUCUUUACCCAGAGGUCACACCUGUUUUAAUCGUCUCGACUUGCCGCCGUACCCCUCGUUCUCCAUGCUGUAUGAGAAAAUGCUGACCGCAGUAAAGGAGACCAGCACCUUUGGUUUGGAGUGAACUUUGACCAUGGUGUCUGCACGAUUCUUCAGAAUCCACCACCAGAAACAAACUGCUAGCAAACACACUUUCCAAUCCAUUUCCGUGCACCAAUCAGUGACAAGUGUAGUUGAUCCUCCGAUCUGGUUGGGCGCGAGAGCAGACCAUGCACCUGGGAUUAAAGGAACUGAAUAGAGGAAAUAGAGGGUGUGGUGGGUGAGUUGUAGCUCACUCACCAUGAUGUAUUGUCAAGUCUCAAGACGGUCGGGUUCUUCAGUGUCUGUCACAUUUAGAACGUCUGCCAAAAUGUUCUGAAUGUCCACCACUCUGAACAUCUAAAGCAUGGACCAAAGUGGCUCAGAAAUCCAGUGGGCGACUAUGGAACAAUUUUUCAUACAGAAUCCCACGCGAGAGAUCCGAGAGAGUCCUUCUGCAAAAAGUCUUUUUAUAUUCAAGCACAAGGAUGACACUUCUAUACCAUACCAUUACCUAUUUGAGUUGAAUUACUGAAAUAAAUUAACUCUUCCUUCUAAUUUAUUGAGAUGCACCUGUACAUACAUACACACACACACACACAUACACACACAUACACACACAUACGCACUCUCUC